GCAUAGUCAUAACUUUCACGUUUGUCACAGAUAUAGCCACAACUUUCGAAAUACACAAAAUAGCUAAGAUUUUGAUAGUUGUUUGACAAAUCUAGCCAUUUUCGUUACAAACUUUAACGGUGUUAGAAAUUCCGUUAGUUAGGUUAACGAAACGCUGACUAGGAUGCCAAAUUGACGCACACGUCAACGAUAAAUCAGCCUCACUUGCCACGUCAUAAUUUACUUAAAAAAUAUUUUAGGAAAAAUACACUUCCAUAGCCACAACUCUCAUGUUUGUGACAGUUAUAGCCACAACUUUCGCGUUUGUGACAAUUAUAGCCACAACUUCAGGUGUGUGAAAGUUAUACCCGCAACUUUUCGGGUGAGUCUAUCCUUUGGGAUAUUAAUUUGAGAAUUACUCUGAGGGGUGGGGCUGAGCGUGAGAAAUGCAAUCUCUUUCACUAUCUUGACUCUUUACAUGUUGAUUACCUUAAUCAUAGUCCCUGCAGACCUGUAUGGGUCCCCAAUCCAGGGUCAGGUUUUUCCUUUUCGCCCAUGUACAGGUGUCUCAUCGAUGGCUACUUCCCGGGAGUUCCUGAUUUUCGUUUCCAAGCGAUAUGGAAAAGCAUUAUCCCCACAAAGAUUUGCUUCUUCGUGUGGACUGUUUGCCAUGGUAAAACUCCCACGAUCGACAGGCUGAAGAGAAGAGGUUGGGUCAUUGCUAACCGUUGCGAGCUUUGUAAGAAGGACGAAGAAUCCCGAAACCAUCUUCUUAUCAAUUGCGAAUAUUCCAGGAGUACUUGGGAUUUCUUCAAAAGAAGAUGCAGCGGGAUAUACCAGCAGGGGAGUGAUAUUAUCGACAUCAUCUGCUCUUGGCCCUCAUCUGCACCUGAUUGUGUGGACGAUUGGUUUAAAUAGUGCCUUCUGCAUUCUCUAUGGUGGCACCUUUGGAUCGAGCGCAACAGACGCAUAUUUAAAGACAUCAGCACCCCUUUUGGUGUCACGGCCAGGCGUAUUGCUCAAGAGAUUGUUAAUUGGAUCACGGCGCACGACAAAGCCAGUAGGUUACAAUGCGCUGAGUGGUUGAGAACACACUUUGAAAGAUGAGCAAGUGUGAUAUGGGGUUUCUUCUUUUCCUUCUUCUUUUCUUGCAGGACCUUCCUUUCCUCAGGGUCCUGUAGUUUUUGCCUUGCUGCAUGUUGAACUUCAAACCUUGUUUUUUGAUUCCCGUUCUCUUUAUUUAAUUUAUCAACCUUAUAAAAAAAAACUUUUGAAAUACAAAAAAUCGUCAGAAUGUUUAUGUUUUUUUUUUACAAAUCUAGCCAUUUUCGUUACAAAAUUUCGAAAUACACGUAUUAUUCUCAAUUUCUUCUCAGGGCUCUGUUUGAGAGGGAAUGCAAUGAGUCGGGCUAAUUGACAGCAAUGGAUCGAGCUUCACCAAAAACAAGAACAACUACACCCUCAGCGAUUUUGAGGGAUUGAAGGGGAAAAUGCAUUGCAAGCUGUCACAUCCUUCCUCCCGACUCAUCGUUUUGUUUCCAUUGAAGAAAUUGUCUCCUCUUUCACCCCCCCCCCCCCCCCCCCCCCCCCGCGAUGUCGUCUUCUUCGCGACCAUCGUCAACUUCUUCCCAACAGCCUUCUUGCUCUCCUUCUCGUCGUUUUUCUGUACUCUGCCAAGAGUUUGAGGCCUUCUCCAUGAAUCUAGCGAUUGGGGAUCUAAAUCGACAAUUUGGGGGAAAAGGUCUCAUUCUCCAGUCAUACUGUAAAGUGACAUCGUUAAAGGGAUGGACGGAAGUGGAUAUUUUGUGUAUUUCAAAAAUUGCGGCUAUAAUUGUCACAAAUGUAAAAGUUGUGGCUAUAACUGUCACAAACAUGAAAGUUGUGGCUAUAACGGUCAGAAACGUGAAAGUUGUGGCUAUGGUAGUUUAUUUUAUUUUUUCUUUGUUAAUCCAUGUGGAUCGCCAACUCAACAUUGUUGUCAGUCCAGUCAUACUGUUAAUUGACACCGUUAAGGGGAUGGACGGAAUUGGUUAUUUUGUGUAUUUCAAAAGUUGUGGUUAUAUCUGUCACAAACAUGAAAGUUGUGGCUAUGGAAGUGUAUUUUUCCUAUAAUAUAUUAGAUAUAUGUAUAAUAAUCUAAUUGGUUAAUUGGUUUGAUGAGUUAGUAGUGUAUGAAUCCAAACCAAACAAACUAAAAGUUUUAACCAAACCAAUUAUCCAAAUUAACCAAAUCAAAUUAUUUGAAUACUGCGAGUUAAAAUGGUUACCAUGGUAGCCAAUUCGUUUGAACACCCCCUACCUUUCCCUUCCCAUUCCUCCUUAUGAAGCGAAGGGAAAAUACCAUAAUUUUGGAAUCCGACUGAACCUAACCCAAUUGAGAGGGUAAAUUCGGUCAAAAUAAAAUACCCAAUGAAAUGGAUAAUUAGCG